GAUGCCCUCCAGGACCCUUCCUGUUGCUGUCCUCCCCCUUCGUUGCAACACUUCCCAGAAGGGAAGUAAGGAGGGCGGAUAGGAGGAAGAGAGUUGGGGAGGUGUCCGGCGUUCACAAAGGAGGGAACAGAGGGACAUCCCAGGGUUAUAUAAACUCUUAGAGGCCGCCAAGGAUUAGGACAGAAACGCUCCUGCAGUCUGGAAGCCGGCGGGUGCUGCUGUACAGAAAAGAAGCCACAGCCCUUCCAGAAGGUCUUGAGGACUUAUCGACCAUGGAGCGUGCACCCUGCUUGUUGCUACUGCUACUGCCACUGAUGCUUGUCUCCGCGGCCACGCCAGAGCCCUGCGAGCUGGACGAUGACGAUAUACGCUGCGUCUGCAACUUCUCGGGUCCGCAGCCCAACUGGUCCAGCGCCUUGCAGUGCACGGUUGCCAUCGAGGUGGAGAUCCACGGCGGCGGCCGCAGACUAGAGCAAUUUCUAAAACACGAUAAUAUCAACGCCGACCCGAGGCAGUUUGCUGACAUGGCCAAGGCUCUGCGCUUGCGGCGGCUCACGGUGGGAGGUGCACAAGUUCCCGCUCUGCUCCUGGUCGGCCUCCUACGUGUGCUAGGGUACUCCCGCCUCAAGGAACUGACCCUCGAGGACCUAGAGAUAACCGGCACCAUUUCAUCGCCGCCUCUGGAAGCCACGGGGCUUGCGCUAUCCACCUUGCGCCUCCGCAACGUGUCGUGGGCGACAAGGGGUGCCUGGCUCGCCGAGCUGCAGCAGUGGCUCAAGCCGGGCCUCAAGGUACUGAACAUUGCCCAAGCACAUUCGCUUGCCUUUUCCUGCGAACAGGUCCGCGCCUUCCCGGCACUCACUACCCUCGACCUGUCUGACAACCCUGGACUGGGAGAGCGCGGACUGAUCGCGGCUCUCUGUCCACACAAGUUCCCUGCCCUGCAGAAUCUAGCGCUACGCAAUGCGGGGAUGGAGACGCCCAACGGCGUGUGCGCUGCGCUGGCGGCGGCCGGUGUGCAGCCCCAGAGCCUAGACCUCAGCCACAACUCGCUACGCCCCACUGCACACGCCGGCGCUUCCGGGUGCGUCUGGCCGCGAGCGCUAAACUCCCUCAGUCUGUCGUUCGCUGGACUAGAGCAGGUGCCUAAAGGACUGCCGGCGGAGCUCCGAAUGCUCGAUCUCAGUGGCAACAGGCUGAAUAGGGCGCCGCGGCCAGACGAGCUGCCCAAGGUGGGUAACCUGACACUGGACGGGAAUCCCUUCUUGGUCGCUGGAGCCUCCAGACUCCAAGAGGACUCGACGAACUCCGGCGUGGUCCCAGCCUGUGCGUGUUCGCCCCUGGCAGUGGGGAUGUCAGGAACCCUGGCGCUGCUCCAGGGGGUCCGAGGCUUUCCCUAAGGCCCAGGGAAGAAGAGCGAAUGGGCUCAAAUCGCCCCUGCUUCGGGGUACUCAGGUCAGGACAUUCAGGACUUCUUGACCAACCAACUCUCUGCCCCACUUUUAUUAAAAUUUUAAACAACGGAAAAUGAAAAAGAAAAAAAGUUUUUCUUUUAACAACUAGUCCUUGUCAUCCACUCAACAGACCUUUAUUGAGUGUCUGCUAUGUACUGGGCACAGUGCUGGAUGGGGAAUCCAUCAUACUCAAACUUGGACUUUCUUCAUCUUAACUCCCUAGAAACCAUACUUGCCCUCCUCGAGAAAAAAAACUGCAGGUGCAGAAGGGACAGGGAAAUGUCGCCUAGCUAGGGCUGUCAUGGGAGAAAAAAUGAGUGUCUGUGCAGGCAGGGAUUUCUGAGCAGAUUAAUGGCAUCUGGGUUAAAGGAUGUUUGAAUGGUAAACAUACGUUGGAAGAUACAGAAUGUUUCCUCUUCCAUGCACUUUCCAAGAUCCAGCCAUUCCCUUUCAAAUGUAAUAAAACCCAAAGCCAUUUGCUUGUCCUCUCUCUCUCCCUCUCUCCCACCCCCGAGGGAGGAGGCGCAGAGGUGCCUUCUGUCCUACAUAAGCUCUGAGUUUCAUAAUUUCAGGGUUCCUCUACUAUGGUGUAAAACCACUUUGCACCCACAGGUACAAUGUCUUUCACUGUGUCACUCCACCACAUAAUGAGGAAUUGGGGCAUGGGGAACUAAUGCAAGAUACAGUAUGUCGCUGAACAAGAGAUCUUGUGUUCUGCUAGUCCAUAUGUGGAUAACUGUUUCGGGCUGACUCUUUGAUUUGCAAAUAGGAUAACGUCUGAGACCCUUCACAACUUUGGAAUGAACAGGAUGUGCUGACUAAACCACAUUAACUCAGAGACCCAGGACAUCAGCCAUCAAGUGGUGUUCCUCUGUUCCUUCUGUGUCCUUUUUUCAUUACGAUGAGGAGGCAGCCACAUCCAUCAAAGAGCUAGACACCUGCCUAAAAGGGGACAGGGAGAGGGGUGGAGGAGGCAUAUAAGACCAGCACUCCUACCUGCCUCUGGCCAGUGCCACACAGAUAGGAGUGGGGAAUGGAGAUUAACAUUGAUGGGAGUGUUACAGAGGUCACCAGAACCAGACUUCAAGAAUGGCAGAAGACAGUUAAAUUAGCUGGACAACCACUGGAGUGUCCCCAAGGGGCCUGCCAUCAACCUGUUGGAAGUUUUCUAGUAUCAAAGAAUUAAUCACAUCAAGGCAAUUUCUUACAUUUGAAUAGCUCUGGUCACACUUCAUCAAACAGUUGCAGGGCCCCUGUUCCACCUCAGACCCUAUACUAAAGGCUGGUAUACGAACAUACAUCAGAAACAUCCAUGCCCUCAGAGAAUUCUCAAUCCAGUAAGGGAGGCAGACACAUACAAGACAGUUGUGAUUCAGUGAGAGGGAGGAAUCAUCUUAUAAAAGGAGAGGUUGUUCUAGGAAUGCUUUGCAGAAGAUGAAACUUUUAAUCUGGGCCUUGAGAUAUGAAUAUCAUUUCCUCAGGAAGAACAUCCCAAAGCAAAAAUGGUCAGCAUGUUCAAAAGCUCAGACACCUGAAAACAGAUGGUCAGACCUGGGAACUGUAAGUGGCUAGGUAGAGCUGGAGAUCAUGGUGAUGAAAGCUGGAAACAUUCAUUCAUUCAAGUGCCUAUUAUGUGUCAGGCACUGUAUUAAACCCUGGGAAUAUAGCAGGAGUAAAGCAGAAGUUCCUGCUCAUAUGGAGUUCAGAUUCCAGUUGGAUGGUGGGUGUUAUGGACUGAAUGUUUUUGUCCCCUCAAAAUUCAUGUUGUUCUGAUGUUAAAUGCCGGGACAAAAGAAAAAAAAAUCAUAUGUCGAAGCUCCAACUCCCAGUGUGGCAGUAUUUGGAGAUGGGCCCACUAAGGAAAUAAUUAAAGCUAAAUUAGGUCAUAAGGGCGGGGCCCUGAUUCAAAUGUUCUUAUAAGAAGAGACACCAGCGAGUUCACACAUGCUCUCUCCCCGUCCCUGAACAUGCACGAAGGAAAGGCCAUGUGAGGACACAGUGAGAAGACAGCCAGGAAAAGAGCCCACCAUAAACCAACCAUGCUAGCACCUUGACCUUGGACUUCUAGCAUCCAGAACU